AUGAAGCAGGCUGACCUUCAGCUCGGGGCCGUGUGCUUGUGGUCUGCUCUCACCGCGGCAGUCAUGAGUGGAGGUUACAACUGCACCGAUCUACUAGCACCGGGAAUCCCCUCCAUAAACCAGGCCUGGGGGCUCUGGGCCCUCUUAGGGGUCACGGCGCUGCUGCUGUUUCUCGCCUCACUGGCUGCAUGCCUGCCCCAGUGGACCAGUGGCCGGAGCAGGAGCCACGGAGGGCAGGGACAAUCAGGAGGGUCCAUGGAAGAGGUCCCCUUGUAUGGGAACCUGCAUUAUCUACAGACAGGAUGGCUGACUCAAGAACCCAGGCCAGACCAGCAGGAUGCACCCCCUGGAGGCCCUGCCAGGGCGGCAGAGGAGCCCCCGUGCUACACCAGCCUGCAGCUGCGGCCUCCUCAGGGCCGGGUCCCCAGCCCCGGGACCCCCAUCAAGUACUCGGAGGUGGUGCUGGACUCGGAGCCCAAGCCGCAGGCCUCGGGCCCUGAGCCGGAGCUCUACGCCUCAGUGUGUGCCCAGACCCGCCGGGCCCGGGCGUCCUUUCCCAAUCAGGCCUACGCCAACAGCCAGCCGGCGCCCAGCUGA